CAUUUUUGAGAAAAAAAAAGCAACCCGACCCGUCUUCUUUGGAACUGAUCCAAGCAGCACAAAACCCAAGUCAAUUGGCGUUGGCACGAUUCAGAGAUUUGGUUCGCCUGAAACCUAAUGGCUCCGAAGCCCAAGCCGGCGUCGUCGCAACCUGCGCCUCCCCCUCCCCUCGAAGAUCUGUUCACCACGCUCAACAGGCACAUCCAGGCUUCUGCAUUCGACAAUGUCGUCAAAGUUACAGAUCAGAUUCUUGCCAUUGCACCCGACGAUGAGGACGCGCUCCGAUGCAAGGUCGUUGCGCUGAUAAAAAAUGACCGUGUCGAGGAUGCGCUCUCCGCCAUUAAGUCUUCUCGGAAGCAGCUCGAUGAUUUUCAUUUCUUCAAGGCAUACUGCUUGUACAGACAAAACAAGUUGGAUGAAGCUUUGGAGUCUUUGAAAAGACAGGAGAGAAAUGAUGAAACUAUGCUUUUGGAGUGUCAGAUAUUGUAUCGUCUAGGGAAAAUGGAUGCUUGCAUAGAAAUCUAUCAGAAGCUCCAAAAUUCCAAGAUCGAUAACAUGGAAAUAAAUUCUGUUGCUGCACUAGUUAUGGCUGGCAGGUCAUCUGAAGUUCAGGGAAUGCUGGAUUCACUUCGGGUUAAAGCAACAAGCAGUUUUGAAUUGGCAUUCAAUACUGCUUGUUCUUUAAUUGCAAGGAAGAAGUACACAGAUGCAGAACAACUCUUGUUAUCAGGCCGAAGGAUUGGUCAAGAGGUCCUGAUGGAAGAUAACUUAGCUGAUGAUGAGAUCGAACUUGAAUUGUCUCCUAUAGCUGUACAAUUAGCUUAUGUUCAGCAGCUUCUUGGGCGUAAGCAAGAUGCUAUCGAAGCUUAUACAGACACAAUUAAACGAGAUAUGGCUGAUGAAUCAUCAAUUGCAGUGGCAGUGAACAAUCUUGUUUCACUGAAAGGUCCAAAAGAUGUUUCUGAUAGCUUAAGGAAACUUGAUCGACUGAAAGACAAAGAGAGUCAAAGCUUUCGGCUAGCUCCAUCACUGGACCUGAAACUUUCAGCAAAAGAAAAGGAAGCGAUAUAUGCAAAUAGGAUUCUUUUACUUCUUCAUGCUAAUAAGAUUGAGCAGGCACGAGAACUUGUUUCAGCAUUACCAGACAUGUUCCCUGAAAGUGUGAUACCAGUAUUACUGCAAGCUGCCCUCUUGGUUAGAGAGAACAAAGCUGGAAGGGCCGAGGAAAUAUUAGCACAGUUUGCUAGUAAGUUCCCUGAGAAGUCCAAAGUUGUUCACUUAGCCCGGGCUCAGGUGGCAGCUGCUGCUGGCCAUCCACAUAUUGCAGCCGAUUCUCUGGCAAAGAUAUCUGAUAUCCAGCAUAUGCCUGCUACUGUUGCCACCCUUGUGUCUUUAAAAGAGCGAGCUGGUGACAUUGAUGGUGCAGCUGCUGUGCUUGAUGCUGCAACUAAAUGGUGGUCUAAUGCUAUGACUGAGGACAAUAAGCUUAAUAUUAUAAUGCAAGAAGCUGCGUCAUUCAAGCUGAGGCAUGGCAAAGAGGAGGAGGCUGCUAAACUCUAUGAGGAACUCGUCAAAAACCAGGGAAGCGUAGAAGCACUAGUUGGGCUUGUAACAACAGUUGCACGCAUGGAUGUUAACAAGGCAGAGCUUUAUGAAAAGCAACUCAAGGCCCUACCUGGUUUAAAGGGAAUUGAUGUGGACAGCUUGGAGCGUACAUCUGGAGUGAAACAAGUUGCGGCCCCUCGCGUUGGAGUCUCUGAAACAUAUGAGGAAGGAAAGAACAAGACGAAAACUAAGAAAAAGAGAAAAAGAAAGCCAAGGUAUCCUAAAGGGUUCGACCCUGCAAAUCCAGGUCCUCCACCAGAUCCAGAACGUUGGCUUCCAAAACGGGAGAGAUCAACAUAUAGGCCCAAGAGGAAGGACAAAAGAGCUGCUCAAGUGAGAGGAUCUCAAGGUGCUGUAGUUAGAGAUAAACAUGAUACUGGUGCCUCAUCCAACACAUCACAUCCAAAAUCAAACCAGGGAACUUCCAAAGGAGCUGGGCAGAAUGCAGUUUCCGAGCAAACCAAGCCUUCUUCCAAGUCCUCCAGAAAGAAAUCCCGGAAUUGAAUAGGACGCAUGGUUUUUUUGAACUUUUUUAGCUCACAGUUUGUUCAUGCUGUUUAAUGACUGAGAUAAGCGUUCGUUUAUACAGUGGAAUCCACUAGUGGGUUGAAAUUCAAUACCUUAAGUUUUGGUUCAACCAAUGAGUACAGUUAGACGCAAUCACCAAUGUGCAAGUUUGUUUAUUUUC